AGGCAGAGGGGGGUGCUACCUGUUUUGCAUAGGUUCUCACGCAAUCAAAAAAGCCACUAAAUACUUGUAGCAGAAGAAACACACCUAGCUUUGGCGAUAGGUGUCUGUAGCUGGUGGUGGUGGUUGCUGGUUUCCUUUGGUUCGGUGAUUUUUUUUUUUUGUUUGGGGGGGUGUUUUUUUUCCCUUUUCUUUUAUUUAGUUACAUUUAGCUUAGUUUUCUUUUCUAUGCUAACCAUGACGGCGAAUGUUGAUUAUUUGGUGGCGUUAUUUUGUACUACAUCUGGUGCCAGUGGGAAUCAGUUGGGAUCGGACGAGAAGGAGAUCAUUCAACUGGUGUGGCAAGUUGUGGACUUGGCGAACAAGAAGACCGGGCCAGUUCAUGAAGUUUUCGUGAAGCCGAAACACUUGGAGCUGACCGAGGAAUGUAAAGAACAAAGUGGGAUAGAGGAGGAAACGAUCUGUGCGGCAGAGCCUCUGGAGCACGCCUUAAACCAGUUUAUCCAGCAACUGAGUAAUGGAAUCAGUUUUGGGACUGGAACCUCAUUCUGUUUAUGUACCGACGGUCAGCUUCACAUCCGUCAAGUCAUUCAUCCUGAGGCCUCCAGCAAGAACAUCAUGCUUCCGGAAUGUUUCUACUCUUUUUUCGACUUGCGGAAGGACUUCAAGAAAAACUUCCCAGAAUCGGCGGAUCUGAAGGACUUGGACGUUCAGAACAUAGCAGACUAUCUGGACAUAAAGCCAGAUCUGUCACUCGAUGGAUAUGGUUCCACAAAGGUCCAGACCAUGAGCGACAUAAUCCUGGCACUCAUUUCAGACCCCGUGUGUUACAAGUUCUCCCACCCGGAAAGAGUAAAUGAAAAAUUUGAAACAGGCACCUGCAGCAAGAUGGAGCGGGUGGAUGACAACACGGUGAUCCGCGCUCGCGGGCUCCCCUGGCAGUCGUCCGACCAGGACAUCGCCCGUUUCUUCAGGGGCCUGAGCAUUGCCAAAGGAGGGGUGGCGCUCUGCCUGAACGCCCAGGGUCGCAGGAACGGGGAGGCACUGGUUCGCUUCGUCAGCGAGGAGCACCGAGAUCUGGCACUCCGGAGGCACAAGCACCACAUGGGCAACCGCUACAUUGAGGUGUACAAGGCAACUGGUGAAGAUUUCCUCAAAAUAGCUGGUGGUACCUCCAAUGAGGUGGCCCAGUUCCUGUCCAGGGAGAACCAGGUGAUUGUGCGCAUGCGGGGGCUCCCCUUCACCGCCACCGCUGAGGAUGUGCUGCUCUUCUUCGCUCCCGCUUGCCCUGUCACCGGCGGGAAGGAAGGCAUCCUCUUCGUCAAGUACCCGGAUGGGAGGCCCACGGGGGAUGCCUUCGUGCUGUUCUCCUGCGAGGAGCAUGCUCAGAACGCCCUCAAGAAGCACAAGGAGAUUCUAGGGAAGCGAUACAUUGAGCUGUUCAAGAGCACGGUGGCCGAGGUUCAGCAGGUGCUGAACAGGUACACGUCUGCGCCCCUGAUCCCCAUAGCACCGGCCCCCAUCAUCCCCGUGGUGCCCCAGCCACCCUUCGCUCCCCCCCCCGGGGUACGGGACUGCGUCCGGCUCAGAGGCCUUCCCUACACGGCCACAAUCGAGGACAUUCUGGAGUUUCUGGGGGAGUUCAUUGCCGACAUUCGCCCCCACGGGGUCCACAUGGUGCUUAACCAGCAGGGGCGUCCGUCUGGGGAUUCCUUCAUCCAGAUGAAGUCGGCGGAGAGGGCCUUCCUGACGGCCCAGAGGUGCCACAAGAAGACGAUGAAAGACCGAUACGUGGAGGUGUUUCAGUGCUCGGCCGAGGAGAUGAACAUUGUGUUAAUGGGGGGCACCUUGAACAGGAAUGGCUUGUCCCCACCGCCAUGUAAGUUACGACAAUAUAACCUUGGUGGGAAAAGUCUCAACGGAUUGGCCUCUCCCCCCCCUCCUACACCUUCCCCCCCCCCCACGGCCAUCCUGCCCCCAGAAGCUGCCACUCUGUACCAGCCCCAGGUCCUGCUCACCCCUCGGCCAGUACAGCCCUCCGCCGCCACUUUCUACCCUGCCUCCACCCAGCUCUUCAUGAACUACACCGCCUACUACCCCAGCCCCCCAGGCUCUCCAACCAGCCUGAACUAUUUCCCCUCCCCCAGCAGUGCCCCCACCCUGGCGGCCCAGCCCGGGGCCCUGGUGAGGAUGCAGAGUCUUGCCUACAACAGCGGAGUUAAAGAGAUCCUCAACAUCGUCCAGGGAUACCAGACUCCCCCAGAGGCUGUGACUCUGGUGAAUAACUUGUACGCACAGCCUGGCAGCAGUGAAGGCCUGGUGACUCUCCCGGCGCUCCUGUCAACCAAGCAGCCUUUGCAAAACCGAACCCACGGCCAUCUGGGGGGUCCCUUCCUGGACCUACAGCUGCUUUAAUCAAGCCGCUGACAAACGUCGCCCUUUAGGGGGCGACAACAUUCACUUGCAAAGCUGAGAACAGCCCCUUUUCUCGACAUACACACUGGAAUAUCUAAAACGGACUUACUACUUCCGACUUAGAAAAUAGAAUUAUGUUGUUUUUUUAUCCUGUUGAAAAUAAUGCCUUCCUUAUGUAUGCAAAACGUAUCAAUUUAUUUAUAUAUAUAGUAGAAAUUUAUGUAUUUUUUACCAGUAUAAAUGUGGCUUUUGCCCAAUAGUAGCUUUUGUUUUAAAUUGCACACCUUUUUUCAAGCAUUAGUGAGAAUGUUAAUAAGCAUUGUGCAGUGCGUGAGAUUGUCUGCGUGCCUUAUGUGUGCAUGAACCUGCGUCUGAAUGUCGGACUUAUUUUUACGAUUCUUCUACUUGAUUCUUGCAUCAUGUCUGUCCCUGUGUCUUUCAUCGGCAGAGGGUGUGGUGGUGCUCUGUGAAGGCAAAACCCUCUGUGGGGUGAGGGUGGGAGGCCUUAGUACAGGGCUUAUGUGACGCUGAGGAUGCGGGAUCUUAGCCCCCAUCCCGCUGAGGUUCUCAUGAUCGUGCUGAUCGAGGCCAUUAUACUUGACCCGUGCCUUUUAGUUUCCAAUCAUUGCCUUCUUACACACACACUGCGUAAAUGGCUCAGGAACAUAAACCCAGCUGUGUUUUUAUGCUUGUAGGUUGACUGUAUUCACACUUAAAUUUACUUGUGUGUGUGUGUAUAUAUUCUGUUGUCAUAAUUAUACACACUUUUUUUUUUUUUUAAAUUUAUUUUUACAUUUUUGUGACAUGGUUCCUGCCAAUGCAUCAGUCCCUUGUUGUGCCUGACAGCAUCACCUGCCGGGUGUGAACGACACAAACUGACGCAGCUUGGUGUGUGCGUGCAGGGGGAGGACGGAGGGGGGACUCUGGGGCAUGAUCACGCAUGCAUGUUGCUAGUGGCGAUGGGGUGCCAACCACUCAACACUCUGGCAGUGUGAAUUCCGACAGCAGCGGCCGCACCGCACCAAGACCACGAGAUGUUUACACGGUCUGCUGUGACGCAAAGCACUGCAGGUUUGGAAAAGACAGUGUGGAAUAUACUCACUGUCUGGAUGCCGGUCCUUUUUACAUGCCUGCACUUUUUCGCCAAAAUAAAAGCACUGUAUGUGAAACAAAGAACAAAGAGGAGGUUGUGAAUCACAGCAUCUAUAUGAAGUGCAAGCUACUGAUUUUUAUUUUUUAGUUAUUUUUUUUUUUCUUUUUGCCUUUGACUUCCAUGUGGAGGCUGUGAAUUUAUCAAAGAGCUGUACAACUCUGGUUUUGUUGCUACACUGUGGAAAGAAGAACGAGAUCGAAUUAACGCUAUGUUCAAUAUUCAGGUUCAGAGUAGGAUUUUUAUAUAUGCAUAUAUACGCCCUUUAAACAGUGUGAAGUACAUAUUAUGAUGUGCAUGUUUAAUUUUUCUUUUAAUUGUACUUCUUUGCAAGAAAAUAGGAAUGUAUUGUGUAUAAUCACUUGGCAUAAUGUAUGUAAAUAUUGUGGUCAGUUCAUUGAUCACUGCGUACUACUGAAAUAGAGCAAGAUUUACUGUGUAGAAAUUGUGUUCUCCAUUAAGCGAUGUAUUCUGUCAUUAAGUUUGUUGUUUAGCUGUAACUUCUCUAAGUCGGGGUGCAAAAGACAAAAGUAUGUAAAAUGUUCUCGCCCACUCCUCUUAGAUCUGACUGUAUGUAUUGGAUCGAAUGCUUAAAUUAACCCUUUGAAUGCAGAAUGUGUGAUUCCACAAUACAAUAAAGACCCGUGCAGACCAUGUGUAAUGUU